AUGAGUGAAAUCCGGUCAGAUCCAGAAGCAAUGGCAAAGAAACCAUUGGAAAGGUUCAUGCCGGAAACUUUCUCCUCCUGGGACCAAACCGCUCUUAGCCUCCACGCAGUCAUCGGAGCGUUUGUUGGUGAUGUCUUCAGCUUCAUCCUGAAAGCUGUGCGUGUCGUCACAAAGCUCACACGCUUGUCGCGUGAGAAGGUUAGGCUUUUGAAAUUCCUUAGCGGCGCGAGAUUUGCUGAUACGCGACAACAUUACACACACCCAUUUUCUUCUGGUGUCACUGCCCUCUUCUCAUCGUUCAAUUUCGUCGUCACCAUCAGAGAUAUGGAGACCUUACUGGUGAAUUGCGUCGAGAAAAACCUUAGCCAAUUCAUGCUCACCAACGCCAUCUUCCUUUGCGAACGUCUUCUCGCCGAAUUCCCCUCUGAGGUGAACCUGCAAUUGUUAGCAAGGUGUUACUUGAGUAAUAGCCAAGCUUAUAGUGCAUAUUAUAUCCUCAAAGGUUCAAAAACGCCUCAGUCUCGGUAUCUGUUUGCAUUCUCAUGCUUCAAGUUGGAACUUCAUGGAGAAGCUGAAGCCUCUUUGUUGCCCAGUGAAGAAUAUGUUGAAGAAAUUCCUGGUGGUGCAGCCGGGCAUUAUCUUCUCGGUCUUAUAUAUAGAUACGCUGGGAGGAAGAACAGUUCAAUACAACAGUUUAGGAAGGCCUUGUCGUUUGAUCCAUUGUGCUGGGAAGCAUAUAGAGAACUUUGUAGUUUAGGUGCCGCUGAAGAAGCCUCUACGGUUUUCGGCAAUGUGGCUGCUCAGCGUCUUCAGAUGACUUGCGUCUCACAAAGAAUAAACUUCUCAGAAGGAGAAACCAAUACUAUAGACCAGCGUACAGAUUCUGAUAAGGCCUCAACAAAAGAUACAAGUUUAUGGCAACCAGAAGAUGUUCCAGAAGAGAACCAACAAAAUAUGGAAACUAAGCAGCUUGCAGUAGAUAUUCCUUCAGGUAUUGACAAGGCACAUAACAGUGCUUCUCACACGAAUGGAUGGGACUUGAACACGCCUUCUCCAGUGCUUUUACAGGCAUUGGAGGCUCCACCACCUAUGCUCUAUAAGAAUAUGCGUCGUCCAGCAGUGGAAGGAUUGAUGUACGUACAUGGAGAGUCUCGAGGAGAGUUUGUUAGUGAGGAUGUGUCAGCAGAGGUUCCAGAAGAAUCUGGGCGUCGCCGGAGUGCAAGAAUAGCAGCAAGGAGAAAGAUUCCUAUGUCGCAGUCAUUUGAAAAAGAUUCCCAUUGGUUACAUCUUUCACCUUCCGAGUCAAACUGUGUGCCAUCUCUUUCCUCCAUGAUUGGAAAAUACAGAAUCCAAAGCAGCAAGGAAGCGACGUCGUCAGGCCAGUCUAUAAGUGACACUGGAAGCUCUGUUGAUGAUGAGGAAAAUUCAAAUCCUAGUCCUAGUGGAUCUUCGCCGGAACCUUUCAACAUCAUGUCUGGAAUUUCAGAAGUGCUAAACCUUCUGAAACUUCUUGGAGAUGGCCACAGGCAUUUACUUAUGUACAAUUUUCAGGAAGCUUUGUUGGUAUACCAAAAGCUAUCUCAGAAACAAUACAAUACACACUGGGUUCUCUUGCAGGUUGGAAAAGCAUACUUUGAGCUACAAGACUACUUCAAAGCUGACUCUGUCUUUACUCUUGCUCAUCAAAAGUCUCCUUAUGCUUUGGAAGGAAUGGAUACGUACUCCACUGUUCUUUAUCACUUGAAAGAAGAGAUGAGAUUGGGCUAUUUGGCUCAGGAGCUGAUUUCAGUUGACCGCUUAUCUCCAGAAACAUGGUGUGCUGUUGGAAACUGCUACAGUUUGCGUAAGGAUCAUGAAACUGCUCUCAAAAUGUUUCAGAGAGCUAUACAGUUGAAUGAAAGAUUCACAUACGCGCAUACCCUUUGUGGCCACGAGCUUGCUUCAUUGGAAGAAUUUGAAGACGCAGAGAAAUGUUACCGGAGGGCACUGAGCAUAGAUACAAGACAUUAUAAUGCAUGGUACGGUCUUGGAAUGACUUACCUUCAUCAAGAGAAACAUGAGUUUGCGCAGCAUCAGUUUCAACAGGCUCUCUGGAUAAACCCAAGAUCUUCAGUCAUCAUGUGUUACUCUGGGAUUGCUUUGCAUGAAUCAAAGAGGAACGAUGAGGCAUUGAAGAUGAUGGAGAAGGCAAUAAUCGCUGAUGCAAGGAAUCCGCUCCCAAAGUACUACAAGGCUAACAUAUUAGCCAGGCUUGGUGAUUAUCACAAAGCUAGGAAAGUUUUAGAAGAGCUCAAAGAUUGUGCUCCUCAAGAGAGCAGCGUCCAUGCGUUGCUUGGCAAUAUCUACAACCAGCUAAAGCUAUACGACAAAGCUGUGCUACACUUCGGCAUUGCUUUGGAUUUAAAACCAUCUCCAUCUGAUGCUGUCAGGAUAAAGGCUUACAUGGAGAGGUUGAUAGUACCAAACGAGUUGAUGAUGGAGGAGGAUCUCUAG